CAGACACAGAGUAGGACAGUAGACAGAACUAAGCUUGUUGAUAUUAUUAUUAUUAUUAUUAUGUCAUUAUCGCAAUUAGAAUCCAAACUAUGACCCUUUUUCCUCUAACCAAGCAUUUUAUCUCCAUGACUCCAUCCUACUUUUACUUCCCCCAUUAUAAUAAAACCAAAAAUAAAAACCCAAACUCCCAAAAAAGAUUCACUCACUCCUGUACUUCUCUAUUUAGUAUUUAUUAAUUAUCUUCCUCUUAUAUAAAAGUAAAAUACUCAAUAAAUAAUAAUAUAACUAAGCUUUUAUUUCCUAGAACUAGAACACACCUUUACUUUCCGAGAAACCUUAUGAUUUUCCGGGAAAAUAGCUCUAGCUCUUCAAUUUCCCAUUUUUAGCAAAAAUCCCCUCCGAUCUACAGUCUUCAACUCUCUCUCCCACUAAUAAAAGUUGAAACCUAUCAGGAAUUGUAUUUUUUUAGAGAGAGAGAAUGGGGAAGGUGGCGGUGGGGGCGGCGGUGGUGUGCGCGGCGGCGGUUUGUGCUGCGGCGGCGCUGGUGGUGAGACACAGGAUGCAGAGCUCGGGAAGGUGGGCCCGGGCUAUGGCGAUCCUGAAGGAGGUUGAGGAAAAGUGUGGGACCCCCAUAUCCAAGCUCAGACAGGUGGCUGACGCCAUGACCGUUGAGAUGCACGCUGGCCUCGCAUCUGAGGGUGGAAGCAAGCUCAAGAUGCUCAUCAGCUACGUCGAUAACCUCCCCACCGGGGAUGAGAAAGGUCUCUUCUAUGCCUUGGACCUUGGGGGCACAAACUUCCGAGUCCUGCGAGUACAGUUGGGUGGGAAAGACAAAUCUGUAGUCAAUCAAGAAUUUGAUGAAGUUUCAAUUCCUCCACACUUGAUGACUGGGACAUCAGAAGAAUUAUUUGAUUUUAUAGCCAGAGCGCUUGCAAAAUUUGUUGCUACAGAAGGUGAAGGAUUUCAUCCUGCACCUGGUAGACAAAGGGAGCUGGGUUUUACCUUCUCAUUCCCAGUGAGGCAAUUAUCAAUUUCAUCAGGGACUUUAAUAAAGUGGACAAAAGGAUUCAAUAUUGAAGAUGCAGUAGGACAAGAUGUGGUUGGAGAAUUGACCAAAUCCAUGGAAAAAAUCGGUCUUGAUAUGCGUGUGGCAGCUUUGGUGAAUGAUACCAUUGGAACAUUAGCAGGAGGUAGAUAUCACAACCAGGAUGUCGCUGCAGCUGUCAUUCUGGGCACUGGAACAAAUGCAGCAUAUGUAGAGCGGGCACAUGCUAUUCCCAAGUGGCAUGGUCUUUUACCUAAAUCAGGAGAGAUGGUUAUCAACAUGGAGUGGGGUAAUUUCCGAUCAUCACACCUUCCACUAACAGAAUAUGAUCAAGCAUUGGAUGUUGAGAGUUUAAACCCUGGAGAACAGAUUUUUGAGAAGAUAAUAUCUGGUAUGUAUUUGGGGGAAAUUGUACGCAGAGUUUUGUCUAGGAUGGCUGAAGAAGCUGACUUUUUUGGUGAUACUGUUCCACCUAAACUGCAAAUUCCUUUCAUACUAAGGACUCCAGACAUGUCUGCCAUGCAUCAUGACACAUCUCCAGAUCUGAAAGUGGUUGGGGGCAAAUUGAAGGAUAUCUUAGAGAUAUCUAACACAUCCCUGAAAAUGAGAAAAACGAUUGUGGAGCUCUGUGACAUUGUUGCCACACGUGGUGCGCGCUUAUCCGCUGCUGGGAUCUUUGGCAUCCUCAAAAAAUUGGGAAGAGAUACGGUGAGGGAUGGGGAGAAGCAGAAGUCAGUGAUAGCACUGGAUGGAGGAUUGUAUGAGCAUUACACUAAAUUCAGCGCCUGUAUGGAGAGUACACUCAAGGAAUUGUUGGGAGGGGAAAUUGCUGAGAGCAUUGUCAUUGAGCACUCUAACGAUGGUUCUGGUAUUGGAGCUGCCCUCCUUGCUGCAUCUCAUUCCCAAUACGUGGGGGUAGAGGAAUCAUGAGAAAUGAUCAAAGCCAAGGUAGAUGCAAGAAGUAUGGCUUUUUAUUUUUUGUAUAUUUCCUUUAUACUUUAUUUUUCACAAUUCCAGUUCAUUUAGAGCUUGUCUUAGCUCCUAGUUCGAGUGACAUACCAGCAAAACCUUAAUUUAUGGUUUUGCAGAGCAUAUAAUUGAACAGUGAGUCGAGUUUGGAGAGUCCAGUCAUGCAGGGCUCAAGCUUUCUUGCUGCUGCCUCUCAUUCUGCUCUUAUCUUGAGGUAGGGGCAUUUUGUUGGUACGGCCGCAUCUUUUUUGAGUCCAUUUGUCCUGAGUCAGGAAAUAAAAUGGGGAAUGUAAACUGUUCUUUUGAGGAUUCACUUUGGUGAGCAUUCUCUCCUAUUUCUAUUGCAAAUAAAACGCAAUUUGAUGUGCA